AUGGCCCGUCGGGCAGUGGCAAGAGCGAGUUGGUGGAACAAUGGUUACUGUACCUCAACGUUUUUCAAGUCAAACCCAACAAGAUCGACUAUGCGUACGACCGAUGGCGACCCCGAUUUGACCGUAUGCAAAAAAAGGAUGGGAUUCAGUUUCAUCGCUGGUUACCGGACGCGCGGAGGCGUGUUGGUCUUUGAUGAUCUGAUGGAAGAAGGGGGACAAGACAAACGCGUGUUGGAUUUGUUCACCAAAGAUUCUCAUCAUCGCAACAUCACUGUGCUGUAUUUGACGCAAGAUUUAUUCCCGCCUGGCAAAUUUUCCAAGACCAUCAAUCGCAACGCGCAUUAUAUCAUGGCGUUCAAAAACACCCGGGAUCAAACGGGCAUAUGGACCAUUUUCCUUCAAGCCUUUCCCAACCGGUGGCAUCAAGUCUUGCGCCUAUUUAAAAGCAUCACGUCCCGCCCCUUUGGCUAUUUGAUGUUGGAUAUGCAUCCUGCGUCGGAUGAUCGCUACCACCUGUGGAGUCAUUUAACGCCCCGAGAAGGCAAGGCGCAAAUCCACACCCUGCCAGUGGAUGGCCGUUCGACAACGCGCUGCAACGAGAACUCGCAAGGGUCCGCCGGCAAAGAGAAGGCGGAAAACAUACUGACUUAGCGGCCCGCAUGGACACUCCAACCCUCUCGCCCGCUGGCGUGGGCUCCCCCACGGCGCCCCCUCCCCUCCAGGAUCUCAGCAGCAUGACGGACAUGACGGACAUUGACUCGACCGGUGGAUCGUGCCCAAUUGGAUCAAGAGAUUGAGACUUUCCAUUUGACCUACCCGGUCAAUGUGGACGAUGCCUUGAAUGCAUUUACAUCACCGCCCGUGGCAGGCACUGGCUCCGCCCCCGCCACCACCCAACCCCUCACCACGGCCACCCAAACACGACCUGUCACGUCGACCCGAACACGCCCCACGACCGGCCGACCGCGACUUGUCACCUCCACCCGAACACACCCCGUCACCACCGCCACGACCACCACCGCUCGCCGCAGCGCUGGGGCAGGGACCAGGACCACCACCUCCACGGUGACGAUUCCCACUGGACGAUUCACCAUCGCCGCCAAACAACCGCGACGACGUCCCCGGGUGCCCUCCCCUCUGUCACCUGAUUCGUCCCCUCCUCCGUCGGAGGACGAUGACGAGGAUGACGACGAGGAUCGACGACGGGGAUUAAGGCGACGGUUGGAUUUGCUGAAUGAAGAUGCUUAA